AUGUGUGUUAAUAUUUUCGAAAUACCAUGUGCAAGAAGUUUUCGUUUAUAACAAAACUUAAUAUUUGCACUAAGUACAGGGCUUGCAUUUUCUGGGCAUGUAUCAAUAUAAUCUUUGGGAUCGCUUUUAUCCCACUAGUUGUGGACUUCGUGAAACGACAAAAACUACCCAAUGCUGUGUUGGUUUUUGGUUGCAUAUGUGGAGGCAAUUUUAUACUAUCUGGAUUCAUGUUACUAAUAGGUGUUUUAAAGGAUGUGCGCUGUUUGGUUGGCUCGUCCAUAGUUUUCUGCGGAAUAGGCAUAUUUUGUAUUCACUGGUUAAUAAUACCUUUGGCGCUUUUUUUCAUUUUUUCAUUUAUUGUGUUCAAUUAUUAUCAAGUGGUUAUGGCUUCUGAUGAUCGCUAUCGAGUGCCCAGGCGAUUUUCAUAAAUAAAAUGCCUAUAUUUUACUUUAAAGCGAUUAUACUUUAGGGUACUAUAUUAAUUUUAA